AAAGCUCGUUUCUAUUGUCUGUUGAGCUGCAUGGCAGCAGAGUUGCGAGCAAGCCUCUCUCUCAGGUGCGGCAAGGUGUUGCAAAAACCCUGCUGGCGUGCGGGAUCCGGCCCCUGCCCGCCCCGCACCGCCCCUGCCCGCUCACACGCGUCUGUCAGAGGAGAGAGAAAGGGAGAGACGGAGGCUUUCUUAGCGUCUCCCUCGCCUGUCGCGAACAAGUGCGGGAGGAGCGCCCGCGGAACGAAGGCGCGGCGCAGCCCGGCCCCCCGGCACUGCCCGCCCGGCCCCGCGCCGGUGCCGGAGCCGAUCCGCAGCUCCGGCACCCUGCCUCGCCACCGGGGGCCGUGUCGUUUUAAGGCUUUAAGGCAUGUGAUACCCUCCCGAGCAGGGAUGCGUUGAUACAGGCUACGGUACUUACAGCAUCGUAUAGCGGCGUGCCUACGGCUGCCCGGCUCUGCACUGCCCGCGCUGGAGUGAGGCUGCUCUUGUCGUUGAACUGCUCCUCGUCCUUAAGUAUUCUGGAAGCUGCAAAUUAUCUCAAGAUCACUUCAAAGGUCUCGUCAAGCAGCGGGUGAUGCUAGGAGAUGAUUUAAAGGUGAAAAUGAGAAGGUUUCCACCCCUCAAACCUUGGCCACUUUUCUGACGGCAGUGUCUGAAAGCUCAGAUGUCUUUACUCUGGGAACAGGAUUUGUAACGAGAUUUUUUUUCCCUCAUAAUCCUGAUAAAGAAGAUUAUUGGGAAGCUAUUAAAAUCCCUUAUUGUGGUACAGAUGGAUUUUAAAAAGUGUUAGACCUUUCCAAUGAACACUAAUAGAGUGCUCUGCUCUUGGUUGGAUUACUCAGAGAAUGGCAGUGGUCUCUGCAAUGUCCUGGGUCCUGUAUUUGUGGAUAAGUGCCUGUGCAAUGCUGCUCUGUCAGGGGUCCCUCCAUCACACUUUCCAGCAGCAUCACCUGCACAGACCAGUUCUGGAGUGGGUGUACAACACUGAAAGACGUAACAGCACGGUUUGGGAAGGAGGAACGUGUGAAGUUAUAGCAGCACACAGAUGCUGUAAUAAGAAUCGAAUUGAGGAAAGAUCACAAACAGUAAAAUGCUCCUGUCUACCUGGGAAAGUGGCUGGGACUACAAGAAACAGACCUUCCUGUGUUGAUGCUUCAAUAGUGAUUGGGAAAUGGUGGUGUGAGAUGGAGCCCUGCCUAGAAGGAGAGGAAUGUAAGACGUUGCCUGACAAUUCUGGAUGGAUGUGUGCGACUGGCAAUAAAAUCAAGACCACCAGAAUCCACCCGAGGACCUAACAGAGCGACGUCUGCACGGAGACAGUGAAAGCCCAGCUGAUUUAUGAGGACAAAAUAUCAAAUGUUGAAAACCAUCUCAGCAUUUACAAGCCAAAUGGAUUUCUUAUUUGCACUCUGACUGUUUACCAGACAACAACAGUGGCUUUACUGUGUGAAAGAGAGUAUUCUGUGGAAAUAAUGCCCCUGAUUUUUGACAGCUGAAAAGAAAAAUGAAGAAAAUGGUUCCUUUGGUAAAGUUUCUGAGAUUACGAAGUACAAACAACAUUAUAAGUUUGGAUCUACAAUUUACUUUAUACCACUUAAAGUAUAUAUAUAGAAAUAUAUAUAUAUUAAUAUAUGAUAUUUUGAAAUAAAAGCCUCACUCUUCAAGAAAUUGAAUAGUACCACACUUUGCUGCAGCUGCUGUAAUUUUUUUUCUUUAUUGUAAUGGUCUGGAAGAUCCCUACCUGUUUCAGAGAGAAAUGUGGCAGUGAAGAGGCAAAGCAAACCUGCUGCGGUACAAGGACGCCUAAGAGCUACACGAAUCCUAUCGAUGCAGCAUCCAGAGCUUUCCAUUCCCUUCGGUAGAAUUUCAAGGGCAUUUUGUUGUUCAUCUUUGUGUUCUGGAGGCUUUUCCCCUUGUGCAAUACUAGCAUGCUGGCUUUGCUUCAUAACCAUACUUGAUACUCGAUUGAUAUAUAACAAUGAUAAUUCUAUCCUCUUCCAAGAAAAUAUUUUUAGAGCUGUUAGAUAUUCUGUGGAGAAGAAAUGGACAACUACUGAGUGAAGUACAGUAUGUAUUAAAAGUUUAUUUGGCAGAGUUUGGUAGACUGUGAGCUCCCUUCUUAUUAAAGAUGUACUGUACGUACAAUGUCUUCAGACUUUGUAUAGCUCAUAGAGACUGCAGUAAAAUUCCAGUAACCAACUCCAAAGCUUUGCGUUGUUGGCUCACUAAUUCUCUGAAACAACGACAAAGCUCUUUCUAGACUGAGAUGCAAGAGGGCUUCUACAUAUGGUUUGGGGUUUUUUUUAUGAGUCAAUUUGCAAUUGGUGAACAAGCAUUUUUAGCUUAAGGGAAUGCCCCUGUGGACAGCUCAAGUACUCAGGCACACCCACUUUGCCUGGCUGUGUGGUUUUAUCCCACAAUAACGGUUUCUUUCAGUUUAAUUUUAAUGUUUCUCACUAAGGUGAAUUCGGCUGAGAUGAGAUGAUCUUCAGCAAGGAUGCAUCCACAGAGGCAUUUAGCUACUAACCGUGAACACUUUGAGUUCACAUUCCUAGCUCAGCUAUUGCUGUUCACCAUGCAGCCUGGCCCUUGUGCUGUUGAAGAUCAAAUCUGAGAGCUCUAAUGUGCAAGCCUAGUUCACAUUCCCAAGCACUUUUCUGAGCAGUUCAAUUAGUUUCAGGUGGGUUAUUCACGUGGAAAAGUGUCUUUCUUUCAUGCAUAAGUGUGCACAGCCCACCCUUCAGUACACUUAAUGCUACCAAAUCAAAAAGGAAUGUAGAAGCCUAGCACUCAUUUUAUCCAGUCGAGCUUCAUUUCUUUAAUAUGUCCAAUUUCCUUUCAGCCCGCUUACCUGUCUCUCACAGGACCCCUUCAGCCAUGCUAAUCACUUUUAAUCCAAUGCAGAGGAAAUGCUGCACUUCCCAACCUAGAAUUGGUCAAAAAACCCCCACUAACUUACUUUCUCCUUCAGGGCAACCACUUCAGUCCCUGAUGUUUCAAGAGGCAGAAAUUUGUCACUGUAAUUACAUUGUGUGUUAAAGCAGCUACACGACAUGUCACACCAUCCUCCAUGGAUUUCCGUGCUGGUCCCUGCCUGAUGCUCACGGCAGAAAUGAUGAUGCUUCUUCCAAGUAGUUCUAUUAUUUCCCUUUUAAAAAGAUAUAAGAGUGAAAAAGUGCAGGGAAAAAUCUUUUUCUCUGUUCUAUGCACAGAAAAACUAAAUAGAAUGAGCCUCACCACCAGCUGCAGAUCCUACCGUAUGGAGACCAGCCCCCACUGGCAGCUCCGCUGGUCAGGCCAUGUACUUUCUGGCCACAGACAUCUGCCUGAACCACAGAGGAUACCUUUACCCUGAGAGAUGGUCUACCAUGGAUGCGUGCCCCUAGUCCCAUCCUCUCAAUUUGGCAGGGACCACUGCCUGCCUCGUUACCCACAAACAGGUGUGUUCCCAAAAUGAGAUUUUUGGACCAACUCCAAGUCCACCUGGCACAAAUAAGGAGAAACUCUUCCCAAAUAAAUCCUUAGCAUUUCUUAUUUUUACUAGAACAUCACUUUGAAAGGACCCCCUAGAGCUAGGAAUACUUCAUUGCACUAAGAGAUAUCCCUUGCUACCAGAAUAAGGGGCAAUUAAAACCUAGAAAGUGUUACCAUAUCUUUACAAUUGUAUCUCAGUCAUAUAUAGCUAAAUGUCCAUUCAAAAUCUUAUUAGCAGUCUGUGGAAAACUGGGAAGAAACUGAACCUGAGUUUCCUUAUUCCCAGUCCAGUGAUGCUCUAAAUAAUGACCCCCAUGCAACAAACUGGCCCAUGGCAGUUUGUACCCUUUGGCAAAUUCCAAGAUGUCACCAUUGAGAGGUAUUUAUCCCAGAGCAGCGUGUCUGACAUGGCUCAGAAUGUGAGCAGAUAACAAUGCUUAUGCCUGUUUCUAUGAAAUAUGCCUGUUAAGACUGGGAAAUAUUAGACUUGCUAAAAUAUAAGAAGGAAAUGUUGUCAUUUCCACAGUAAAGUUUCCUAAAGAUGUUUAUGAAUCCUUUCUUUGCCAGUAGGCAGCCUCAAAUAUCACCACACCAAAUUCAGUAAACAUCUGCGUCUCUUUGAAGUUGCUGCAAAAUCUGCUCAUGAAGUGCGGCACUGAGAAAUUGCUGUUUUAAUUAAAAUGUUUUAGAGGGGAAUUAAGGCCUUUGCAGAAAUAAUGACUAAUAAAACGUGAAGUCAAAUUAAGAGCUGGAUGCAGCUAACCUUCAUUGUUUCAGUGAACCACAUUGAAAACAAUAAUAAAAAUAUUCAACCAGCCUGGAGUCACAAUGAUCAUGUAUUUCAGUGAUAUGCACAGUCAUACAGUGUGUAGAGGGAAGAUGUCAUAGCUGCUUUUUCACCUUGGCCAGUGGAAACCCAGUGUGUUCCAGUGGUGGAAUGAAUGCGGCCCCUAUUCUCAUGGAAAUGUGUUAGUCAUGCUGUCCUCUGCACAGUGUUAAAAUAUUUACAUCAACAGAAGGGAAAGUUCCUGUUUCUGGCAGAAGUCAAGACAAAAGGAUGAUGGGAAAAAAAAAAAAAAAAAUCAAACAUUUGUAAAUGCCUCAAAGACAAACUUAGUUAUAUCAGUGUUUCUUCCUCAGAUGUGUGAAACCAAGUUAUGUAAAUCAAAAAUGUGCAAGUUGGAAAAAAUACUGGAAAAAAAAAAAAAGUAGCUACCAUCUGCCUAUUGAUUCAAAAAAUCUAGAUUACAUGUUUCUGUCCAAAAAUCUCUAGUAAUAAAAAGCUCAGUGUGGUAUGAUUUGA